CAUACUAACAAAACAGUAACUCACUUUCCUGUGUUUAUUUCUGACCCAGGUUUUCAAUGGCACUUCAAUUCUCAAAUAACACAUUUACUUACAACCUUCAAAUUGCCAAAUUUGAUGUCUCGCCAGAAGCUACUUAUCCUGUUUUUAUCACUGGAUCUUUGUGCUAUUUGUUUGCAGUGUUCUGUAAUGUAACAAUUUUAGCAUUGAUUGUUACCCAGCAAAGCCUUCAUAAACCAAUGUUUUACAUUUUGUUCAACCUUCCUUUGGCAGACCUAAUAGGGAUCACAUGUGCUCUUCCCAGGGUGCUUGUCGACAUUGUAACUCAAACAAAUAUGGUCUAUUACCCAACAUGUGUCCUGCAGGCCUUUUUGCUUCAUUUGUAUGGAGGUAGUGUACUUUUUAUUCUGGCAGCCAUGUCAUUUGAUCGUUAUAUAGCAAUUUGUAAGCCACUGAGAUAUAACUCAAUAAUGGGUCCAUACACAGUCGGUGGUGUGAUAGCUCUGGCUUGGGGACUUGACAUUGCUAUGAUUGUUGUGUUAUUUGCCCUUCAGGCAAGAUUUCCAAAAUGCAAGACUUCUAUUUUUAAUGUCUUUUGUGAUAAUGUAUCUUUGCUCCAACUCUCUUGUGGUGGUGACUUUACUGUGAACAAUAUCUAUGGAUUAUCUAUAACUGGAGUGAUGCAGGGAAUAAGUGUGUCUGUUCAGUUAUAUUCCUAUGUACAAAUUCUUAAAGCCUGCAUUCCCCACACACAAACUGAUGCUAGAAUUAAAACUGUAAACACAUGUUUAGCACAAUUAAUUACAUUUUGUCUAUAUGAAAUAGCAUCUAGUAUGACAAUACUUUCAUAUCGUUUUCAGAAUGUACCAUCUAAUACACAAAAAAUAUUUGGCAUGUUGACUUUCACAGCCCUUCCAGUUAUUAAUCCAAUUGUAUAUGGAAUUAAAACAAGAGACAUUAGAAAAGCUUUCUUCACAUUUAUGAAUAAAAGACACAAGACUGGGUUCAUAUAA